AGGCAUUGACUCUGGACAGGAUUUUGUAUAAAUGGUUAACAGACAGGAGGACUGAGAAGGUAAGAGCUACACAGAAAGUUUACUGGGUAGUGGAUUGAAAUAGUUUCCUUAUGUGAGGAGGUGUUGAGUUACAGCCCGAGGACUGAGAGCUGUGUGGAGAGAAGAAAAACAUCUGAUCUGCAACCUUUUCCUCAUCUUAGGGUAAAGUGUACAAUAGUUAAAUGAGACAGACCAAGGAAGUAUAAUGGGGAGCUUAUAUUUGUUGCUUCUUCAGUGACUUAAUGCCUGUGUUUACUGAGGAUAUGAAAAUGAAAUGCUGCUGGAUUAAUCAUGAAAAGCCGAGGAGACGCACAUGCCCUGUUGUAAAAUGCCACGCAGGCAAAGACUGACAGGCAGCAGGAUCUGAAGUUUUCCCUGGAUCACUAUUCAGACGUGUUCCAGGGAGAGGAGGCUGUAUAACUCCUUGACUCCUUAAGGUAAGAGGCUCAGGGGGCAAGUGCCAGAGAGAAGACAGAUAAACUUAAAGAUGAAUAAAAUCCGGAAGCUUUUCCGAGGGAGUGGGAGAGCUCUUGCAUUUAUAUUUGCUGCCUCUGUCAUCUGGCUGAUCUUUGACAUGGCAGCUCUCAGGCUUUCAUUCAGUGAGAUUAACACCAAGGUUCUCAAAGAGGAGAUGAUCAGGAGAGAACGGGAAAAGUUCAGAGUUUGGCGCAGCCCAGAGAAGAUCCCUGAGAACACCAGAAAGGAACCAAAACUGCCCCCAAAGGACUGGGAAAGGGGGAGGCUCAGCAAUGAGGAAUUUAGAAAUAUAGAAGAGAAAACGGUGAAGGCUGUAAACAAAAUAGACAAACACAUGAAUGAAAAGAAAACACCAAAAGCAACAGAAAAGAUAAAUGCAGCUUCUAAAGCAGCCUAUGAGAAAAUGACUGCACUUGGGAUCAUCCCAGUAAAAUUGCUGAGCCCCUAUCCCCCUGUUCCCAUGGAAAAGGCAGGCAGAGAAAAGCAUGAAAAGGCUGCAAACUCCACAGAUCUGCUGAAAACAAAGCAAUCGUUUCCCAAAGGGAUUCAACAGAUCCCAUUAGCAACAGCAACAAGGAAAUCAGUUGUCAAAUUAACACACAGAGCAGUUUCUGUAAACAACAAAGUUGCACAAAAAGUGUAUGAUCCUGUAACAAAGGCAUCAAAGAGAAUGGAAGGCAAAUUAAAAAUUCAGCUUACAGAUAAAGCCUCUUUGGCUGGAUUAGAAAAGGAAUUGCCUGCUGGGAGAAACCUGAAGGAACCCCAAAACAAACUCCCACUACCAGACUUGCCAGCUCCUGGGCAAAACAUCCCUGCAAACCCAAACAGGACAGAGAUGAAAGCAUUAGAUACUUCAUACCUACCUGUCAGCAAACUGGCUGCUGCUAACAGAGCAGAGAAAAAGGGAUUGUCUUUAAAUGCAACAGAACUGGGAAACCUGCCAAAAGAAGAUGAAUCAAAAAUUGCUCAUGAAAAGAAACCAACUUCCUCUGAACAUCAGUUUGUCAUUAUUAAUAAAGAUGGUAUCAAAAUGAGCAGCCCAGUGUCCCAGGAUCUCAUACCCGACUCAAAAGAAUACUUGCCAAAGAGACCAGAAAAGAGUAUAAAAUGGCGACUUGUUAGUGACAAAAGUGAGGACAACCUGAAGUUGAAUAUUGUAAACAAAACAUCAGAUCUUAAGCAUCUAACUAAGAAAGCAAUUUUGACUGAAGAUCUACAGCUAGCAAAAGUCCACAAGGUCAAUUUAACUGAUAAAGACCCAAUAAAGAAAACAGAUGGAAGAAACAGUACAGCUCAGUUGAGAAGAAAUCCUGGGAUGCACAAAGUUUUAACCGUUGAUGUGACAUUUUCUCCAAGAGAUCCCAAAGCUCCUGGUCAGUUUGGCCAUCCUGCUGUAGUCCCUGAUGAUAAGCAAGAAGAAGCAAAAAGCAGAUGGAAAGAAGGAAACUUCAAUGUCUACCUCAGUGAUUUAAUCCCAAUAGACCGAGCCAUUGAUGACACAAGGCCUGCUGGAUGUUCAAGACAACUGGUCCAUGAUGACCUCCCAACCACCACAGUUAUCAUGUGCUUUGUGGAUGAAGUGUGGUCCACUCUUCUACGCUCAGUUCAUAGUGUCCUCAAUCGAUCUCCUCUACACCUAAUUAAAGAGAUUAUUCUGGUGGAUGACUUCAGCACUAAAGAAUAUCUCAAGGACAAUUUAGACAAAUAUAUGUCAAAGUUCCCAAAAGUGAAGAUCCUUCACCUGAAAGAAAGACAUGGCUUAAUCAGAGCCAGACUGGCAGGGGCAAAGAUUGCUAAAGGUGAUGUACUGACAUUCCUAGAUUCUCAUGUGGAAUGUAAUGUAGGAUGGUUGGAACCACUUCUAGAAAGAGUCCGUUUAAACAGGACGAAAGUGGCAUGCCCAGUUAUUGAAGUAGUCAGUGACAAGGACAUGAGUUAUAUGACAGUGGACAACUUCCAACGUGGGAUUUUUACUUGGCCAAUGAAUUUUGGGUGGAGGCAGAUUCCUCAGGAGGUUAUUGAAAAGAAUAAAAUCAAGGAAACAGAUAUAAUAAGGUGCCCUGUAAUGGCAGGUGGAUUGUUUUCCAUUGAUAAGAAGUAUUUUUUUGAACUUGGAACAUAUGAUCCUGGACUGGAUGUUUGGGGAGGUGAAAAUAUGGAGAUUUCAUUCAAGAUCUGGAUGUGUGGAGGAGAAAUUGAGAUCAUCCCAUGCUCCAGAGUUGGACAUAUUUUCAGGAAUGACAAUCCCUACUCCUUCCCUAAAGAUAGGAUAAAGACAGUGGAGCGGAAUUUGGCUCGUGUUGCAGAGGUCUGGCUAGAUGAGUACAAAGAACUAUUCUAUGGACAUGCCUACCACUUAAUCCUGAAAAAUCUGGAUGUCGGAAACUUGACUCAACAAAUACAACUGCGAAAGAAACUUCAGUGCAAAAGCUUCAAGUGGUAUCUGGAGAAUGUCUACCCAGACCUGGAAGCUCCCCUUGUCAGAGCAAGUGGGCUGAUUGUUAAUAUAGCAAUGGCUGGAUGUAUUACAGUGGAAAAUUCCACUCUAGCUUUUGAGACUUGUGAUAUUAAUAACAAGAACCAGAAGUUCAAUUAUACUUGGCUGAGACUGAUUAAACAUGGAGAUUUCUGCAUAGCAUCUGUAGAUGCAAAAGGAACAUUGGGCCUGUACCCUUGCGAUAACAGAAACAAUAGCUUGAAAUGGUUACAUAAAUCACUGGUCUCCUUUCAAGUAAAGCUCAUGGAUCACAUUGUUUUAGAACACCUUCAGCAGCCAACAUGUUUGGAAGUGGAUCAGUCUCACAAAGCCCUGAGGGUAAAUGCUUGUGACUCCUCAAAUCCUUAUCAAAAGUGGCAGUUUGGAAAUUAUUAUGCUAACUGAAGAGAACAUGAUCAAACAAGAAACAGAGCGUUCUAAUCUUGUAAAUUCAAGAAUGUCAUCUGUAAGACUUGAAACAGCAAUUACAAAGUUGGAGGUUCAUUUCCCCAUGGUAAUUGAAAUCCAUAAUUUAAACCGGCAUAUUGAAAGAUGAACAUAUCAGGCAGCAGUACAUCUGGUUUAAUGAUGUUUAAGACACGCAGGCAUGUUUUUCACUCACUGGUGGGCAUUUUGGGGCAGGCAGAAUUAAAGGGGAUGUCUUUUUUUCUAUAAAUAGAAAUACUUUUUUAAAUUCUUCAUCUUAUCAUAAGUAGGCCUAAAACAACUUACUUCAGGAAGAAAUGCAACCUAUCUGAAAGAGUUGCAGAGCUUGAGCCUUCUAACUGUAAGUACCACGUGACCUGUUGUUUGGGAGACCCACUUUUAUUAGGGUCAAUUUUUCUACAAGCCAAUAAAAUGGGAGCAUCAUAAGCCUAAAAUGUAUCCUAAAUGCCUGUGUUCAGCCUAAUAACAGCAGCUUGUUCCCAACCAAGUAGAUUCAUUGCUUAUGAAAGGUAUAUGGCUGGACCCAUUUUUUAAAAUUGGUUUCCUUUGACAAACACCUUUUUUCUAACCACAGGAAGCAAAAUCCUUAAAUGCCUUAAAAGUUACAGCAAGCUAGAUCAUGUAUGGACUGUACUUAUACAUAGAAGGAACUUGAAUUUGCUACCUUGAUUUUUUUCUUCUGCUUCCCAGAUGAGGAAGAAAAAGUCUGUUUGAAAAAGCCAGCCUAUUUAACCUGUAGGUGGGAGUUGCCUCAUAUAUACCUCUACAGCUAACUUUCUGGUCAGUACUGGAGCAGCAUCAAUACAGUAAUGUUUAAAGAAACUCUCCUUCCAACCCUCCUCACAGAAAAGGAAGUUUGCCACAGUAAUAAAGCAUGAAAAUGCCAGAGUCCAGCUCAUAAUGUUGAGAACCGCACUAAAGUCAACUAGAAGUUGUCAUAGAAAAGGACUGUGGAAUCUGACAUUUCCUGUUCUUGAUAGAAGGCUUAGUCAUGUAUACUUCACAUGGGAGGUUGGUUUCAAUGGGGUGCAGGACAAGUAGAACUUAACACUUAUGUGGAAUAAAAUACCUUCUGAACAGAACUCCGUUGACCAAGCUCAAUGUACUGAAUAUCCCUGUGAAUGCAUAUUCGUGUUGAUUUUGUUUACUGUGAAUCUUUUCUUUUUUAACAUUGUUUUCUGUCUACUGACAGUAAUCAGUUUGUUAAAGAAUUCUAAGUUACACUUUUGCUAGGGAAAUUAAUUCAAUUCUGACAGAAUAUUUAUAUUUCAAUAUUUUGCACAAAGGACUGUUUGAACUGUUUAUUAAGUUUUUUUCAUGUUUUUGUUGUGACAAACUGAAGAUCCAUGCAAAUCUGAGUUGUCAGUAAUAGCCAUGUAGUUCUCUCACUCCUUGGCCAUUGCUUUGCAAGUUAGAAAAUAAGCUUCUGUGAAUAUAAGCAUUAUGCCUUAUUUUUCAAGAUACAUAAGACUGAGCUUUGCACUCGGUUCAUACAUUGUUGUUCUGACAGCCAAGCCAUCACCUUAGUGCUCACAGAGGGUUACAAAACAAUUUGUUUCAUCUCUUUGCUUUUUCAAAAGGCUUCUGUUUAACAUUAUCUUUCACAUCAAGGAUCAUCUCUGACAGCAUUUGACAGGCUGAGUCCGCCAGAAAUAUUGAUUUGCCUAACAGAUUUUCACAAUUGGCUUCUAUUCCAACUGUCUUCCUGAUUUUUUUCUCCUUUCCAUAAUACAGCUAGCCUGAAGUCACUAUCAGAAAAAUGACACAUGUUGUUUGUGCAGUCAUGUUUUAUCAGGAGCAUGAAUUUCAUUAAAUUCUGUUUGCUGACAUUCAAUCAUUUGUCACUGAACAGGCACCAAAUGGUUAUCUGUCAUGGUCACAUCACAUUUGCAGUCCUGUCACUUGCACUCUUCUUCCUGAUUUGUGGAAAUGUUCACUUCAACAUUUGUAUCUUUUCCCUAAAUUUGCUAGUACGUCCCUAGGGACUACUGAAAAUAAACUGGGCUGUUCUGCUACACAGUAUUAAGAACACUCAGAUUAUAUCAGUCAUCUAGACUUCCAAAACACUAGCAUUUUCCUAGCACACACAGAAAACUAUUCAAGGGGCACAUCUACAUGUGCAAAUGCUCUGGGCUGGGUGUACUCUAGAGUAAUUUACUCUAGAGUUGACCCACCCUGGGCAGGCAUCUACAUGUGUAGGCAAGCAGGAGGAAAUUUGCUGCUCAUGGCAGCAGUCUGCUCCCACCCCUGCUGGCCCUGCACUGGCCCCCUGCAGCAGCCAGGGGGGACUCUAGGCUCCCCCUAGGUGCUAGUCCAGGGGCUGGCAAGGAUCACAAGUCCAGGAGACAACUUUCUCAUGGCAGGAGCUGAAAGAUUGCUUCUUGCCCAUGAGAGCUACCUGCUGCCAGGGCAGGGACAAUGUCCCUCUACCCCCACAACAGGGAGCUCCCAGACCUUGCUCCAUGGUUGUGGAGUGGGGACUGAGAACUCCCUGCUGCUGGGCCCGGUGGGCAUUGUCCCCACCCAGGCUCCGGUGGCAGAGCCCUCUGCACCAGCAGGCAACUCCUAAGGGCAGGGAGCAAUCUCCUGUUGCCCAGCUGACGGGGAGCACAUUUGCUCCUUUGGGCAGCUACACAUGCCAUACUGCACAGUAUUACUCCCAAGUACAUUUGCUAUUUGUAUUUACAGGUAGCAAAUUUACUUGUGGUUAGAGCAAAUUACUGCGCAGUAAGCAUCCGCACAUGUAGACAGUGACACCUACUGUGCAGUAAUUUGCUCUAAUCUUGAGUAAAGCAUCUUGUGUAGAAACACCCAAGAAGAAACAGGUGUAUAAUUUUCCUUAGAAACACUGACAAUUUUUUCCACAGGUCAUCAUAGAACUGAUGAGAUUGUGAAGAGCACCUAUACCCCUGCUCUAAUUCAUAUUCCCAGGCCACAGAUCAGAUUUCAAGUACUACUUCCAGCUUCCUCAAUUCACAAAUGCAAAUAAAAAGUGUUUCAGUUCAAAGAAGUGUGAGACUGUUUACUAGGCUUCAAUGAGCCUCACUCCUUUUGGCAGCUCUUCUGUAGGCAUGCAUAUGUUACUAGCUCUUCUGCAGCUCUGAGUGGCUUUGACUUGCUUGGCUGGGAUACAGACAGAUAAUGAUCAUGUUUUAUUUUUUGCAAAAAUAAAACAAACAGUUUUAACAGUUAAACAGAUUUCAGUGACAUCAUUUCACACCUUGUGGCAAACUCUACCUUCUGAUACAUUUUGUACCUUUGAAUCAUAGUUGUUAGAGACGGUCAAUUUUUCUUAAAUCACAUACUCCAUUUCAUUGCAGUGGGGGAUAAUCCUCUAUUUUAUGCACAUGGAUGUAUACUCACAUGUAUAUAUUUAUAUGGCAAUAAGUAGUUUUAUUUUUAUUUGUUGAAUUUUCCUGUAACAUUUAUAUGUGAAUUUUAUCCUGUUACUUUAGCUCUAGUUUAAGCCUUUUCAAACGUAAGCGUUUCUGGCAUAUACUUUGUAAAUUUCAAUGUGUUCAUCAAGACACUAUGCAAUGUAAAUAUAUCAAAUGAAAUAUGUAUAAGAACCAGAAGACAGCUAGUUUCAUUCAUUAUUUUGUUAAAGAGAAAGAUGUACAUAUUUUUUAAAUAUGACCAAAUGUACUUUAUAAAAUAUGAUUUAUGGGUAUUUCAGCUCAGUUCUUAUAUGCGGAAACAUAACAGGCCUUCACACUGUACUUUUACCUGUAAGUUUUUUGAAUUUGAAAACGGAAUUUGAAGGCUGAAUCUGAAAACUUGGUUUAUUUUCUACUAAAAAAAAAAUAAAAAAGGGGAGGGAGGUGAUGGCGACAGAAGGAAUUCUUAGCAAACGUAAAUAAAUGGAAAUGAAGAUUCUCA